GUUUGGUUGCUUCUUUGUUUGCAUUUUGGUGGACCAACUUAUAACAGCAUCAAUUUGUUGCUGUUACUGAAUGGACUGGCGGGCUGUAUGUCUCUCCCACCAUUGCUGGGAGCAGGCCUGGAGGUCUAAUUGCUGGAGCUUGGGCGGCGAUGAUGUCUGUUGGACUUGAUGGUUACCUCAAGAACACCAAGGCAAUCAUGGAAGCUUCUAAGAAAAUAGAGAAAGGAAUUCAAGAGAUUCCAGAACUGUUUGUCAUAGGAAAGCCUGAUAUGAGUAUUAUCGCAUUUGGAUCUGAAGUUGUAGACAUAUUUGAAGUCAAUGAUAUUUUGUCAUCUAAAGGGUGGCAUUUGAAUGCGUUGCAAAGACCUAAUAGCAUUCAUAUUUGUGUCACACUUCAACACACAUCAGUUGCUCAAGACUUUGUGAGGGACGUGAAAGAUGCUGUGCAGACUGUGAAAAAAAAUCCAGGCCCUAUGACGGGAGGGCUUGCACCGCUAUAUGGUGCUGCUGGGAGGAUACCAGAUCGAGUUAUGGUGAAGGAUCUGUUGAUAGAUUACAUGGAUGGCCAAUGUUAGUGUCUCUUCUCUGCGUUACUCCAUGAUUCAUGUUCUUAAUUCUGCAAACAUUUAUAACACACACACACACAAAGUUCUCAAUUGUUGAUGAUGAAUUGAUGGUUGUAAAAUAUUGACAAUGAAAGUUUGAUAAACAAUGUAAAAUUUGUAAGUAAGAAAUGAAAUGAAUAAAGAUAACAUGGAUAG